AUGUAUCGACAAGUUUUAGUCGAAAAAGAGCAGCAAUGUUUGCAGCGCAUUUUAUGGAGAGAUGACCCUUCUCUGCCAUUAGCCACUUACGAACUCAAAACAGUAACGUACGGGACAAAAUCCGCGCCAUAUCUAGCAACGAGGUGCAUCAAAGAAUUGUCUAUACAACAUCAAGUUUCAGAUCCCGACGCUUCGGAAAUAAUCUUGAACUGUUUCUAUGUCGAUGACAUGUUAAUGGGUGCCAACAGUAUUGAUAGUGUGGUAAAGUUAGGCAAUGAUGUUUUCAAAAUUUUGAAGAGCGGAGGAUUUGAAUUACGAAAGUGGAGUUCUAACAGUGAUGAAAUUUUGCGAAAAAUGAAUGUCUCAACGUCGGAAACUGACUCGUUGGUGAUAAAUAGAACAGAAUGUUUUAAAGCACUUGGUCUAUCCUGGAAUAAAAAAUCUGAUACGUUCAAUUUUGAAGUGUCACCGAGUGAGGAUCAUGAUAAGGUCUCAAAACGGUCAAUUUUGUCAGACAUAAGUCAAUUGUUUGAUCCCAUGGGAUUAGUCAGUCCGUGUGUUAUUAUAGCUAAAGUAUUGCUUCAGAAAUUAUGGCUAGAAAAAAUAGACUGGGACUCAGCACUAUCGCCAGAAUUAGGAAAACAAUGGCUCAAACUAAAAAAUAGUUUAAUGGAAUUGAAUAAGAUACAAAUUAAUCGCAAGGUUAUUUGUGAUGAUGCUAUGAAAGUUGAAUUACACGGAUUUUCUGACGCGAGUGCAGAAGCAUACGGAGCAGCAAUAUAUGUGAGAUCUAUAGACACGAAUGGAAAAAUUCACGUUUCCUUAUUAUAA